UAGGCUCCAUCACGUGUUUAUGCUUUCACCGAUCCUCUGCCAAGAGCCCGGUAUUCUUUUAGGAUCUGUGGGGGUCCUUUUGCCGAAUAGGAAUAGAAAUUGUGACUGGGGUAUGGAGCAAGGCACUGCAUGCUGCAUUCUAUGAUGCAGAACUGGUGGCUUUGAUCCUGCUUUUUAGGUCUCUGUGGGGAGGCCGAUGGUCUCAUCAGCUCUAUACCGGGCUCAAGGCCAAGCCAAGACUGGAGCUCUGGACAGGUGGUUGGCAGUACUGGGCAUUGGCUCUGUGCCUGGCCCCCGCCCAAGUUGAGGAACCAGCAGUGGGACAGAAACUGUUGUGCUAGGGCGGGAGAGUUAAUACUUGUGCAGGUGAGGCAGGGACAAGCUCUGGGUCACCUGAACUCCGAAGCCACACAGGGAUCAAGGUCCCCUCCUGUUCUCGAGCUGCCUCCAUGAGGGGUUAUUUUUUCUCGCGGUUUCCGCCGCAACUCUCUCUGCUGCUGCUGCUGCUGUUGUCGUGGAGACGAGUCUGGACCCAAGAGCACAUUGGAACUGACCCUUCCAAAUCCCCCGUGGCCUCCGUAUGCCCCGAGGCAUGUUCAUGUUCACCAGGAGGCAAGGCCAAUUGCUCCGCGCUGGCGCUGCCCGCGGUACCGGCGGGCCUGAGCUGGCAAGUACGCUCACUGCUGCUGGAUCGCAAUCGAGUGAGCACACUACCUCCAGGUGCCUUCGCCGAUGCAGGCGCACUGCUAUACCUAGACCUGCGGGAGAACCGGCUUCGGUCGGUGCACGCGCGAGCUUUCUGGGGUCUGGGAGUGUUGCAACGGCUGGACCUGAGUUCCAACCAGCUGGAAACUCUGUCUCCUGGCACCUUCACGCCGCUGCGAGCGCUGAGUUUCCUCUCCCUAGCGGGUAACCGGCUGGCACUCCUGGAGUCCUCGAUCCUGGGCCCGCUCCCUUUACUGCGGGUGCUCAGCCUGCAGGACAAUUCACUAUCGGCACUCGAGGCGGGUUUGCUGAAUAGCUUGCCUGCCCUCGACGUGUUGCGCUUGCAUGGCAACCCCUGGGCGUGCAGCUGCGCGCUGCGCCCGCUUUGCACCUGGCUGCGUAAGCACCCGCGUCCCACUUCAGAAACUGAGACCCUGCUCUGUGUGUCUCCAAAACUUCAAACGCUCAACCUACUGACAGACUUUCCGGACAACGCCUUCAAACAGUGCACGCAGUCACUCGCUGCGCGAGACCUGGCGGUGGUCUAUGCUCUCGGGCCGGCCUCCUUCCUUGCCAGUUUAGCCAUCUGCCUGGCAUUGGGCUCCGUACUCACUGCUUGUGGUGCACGGCGCCGGCGCCGCCGCACCACAGUGCGCCACUUAAUAAGGAGACAGCCAGACCCCGAGGGCCCAGCCUCCCUGGAGGAUGUUGGGAGCCCUACAACAACAGCUAUCCAAGCCUAAGGGUUCCGCUGUUGUUUCUAGCGCUCCUGUAGUAUCCCGCACUUUGAAAACUGUUCCCAAAUCCCCGAUCCUCCCUUCACAUUCCCUGUAGGCGUCAACAAUAGACAAAACCCGGAAAUUUUCUGACAUUC